AUGCCGCGAGAGGGUAGGGUUUUACGCUCCGCAACACGACAGCAUACAAACACUGCCGUAUUGGAUGAACUUUCAGAUGUUGAUGUUGGAGGUGGUAUUGAAGAUGAUGGAAUCCAUGAAUUAUUAAGUUCAGGAAGUUCUGUCACAAUGACUUUAAAAAGAGCCUUGUCAGUGAGUCCAUGCAAACUUCCUAAACGGUCGCUUGAUGGUGAGUAUGAUGAAAGUGAACCAGUGAUGAAAAUGCGCCGUAUUACAACCCCAGCAUAUGCUCUUCGUCGAAUAGAUCGCCAUGUUUGGCCGUCCGAAGUGGUGCAAAAAAAGUUCAAAUAUGUAAAACCAUCUAUGUACACUGUUAGAAAACAACAAGAAUUAGCACCUAACCCGAACAAUCCACAUUUUUGUUUUAUAGGCCAUCACCGUCUAUAUCCAUAUCGUUUUUAUCUGGAUCUUAUUCGAAGGGCGAAAAGAGAUCCAUCAAUCAUCAGUGUAGAUAUGCCAAAACUUCGACCUGCGGGAGGAACAAUAGUCGUUUAUGACUGCCAUGGAAUUGAUCAAAAUCGCGCUCUACAUAAUGAUGGUUAUCGAUGGGGACGUUCAAAAGGUGUAAAACUAAUUCAGAGUGUUGGGAAUAGACUUGUCCGUACUUAUCAUUUCUUGUAUGAUCCACGUAAUCCAGCUGGUGACCCCAAAUUCAAAAAGUAUCGUUUUUCUUUAAAAGGGGAAAGUUAUGGUAUCAUGGUUAUGCAUUACAUUGGUGACGAAAAACAUGCAGUGGAAGUUUCAGGCAGAUGUAUGCGCAAUAAUGAUCCCAUGGCUAUGUUAGCAUACAGUGAGGCACAACAAGGAGUUGAAGAUUUUCAAUCGUUACAUUUGCUUCCAUUGCCUGACCUCGGUUUGCAAUCAAACGAUGAAGAGAAGAUGAAGUUUCGUGAAAUAUUAUUGACUAACAUUCACACUGUGCAGGGACAGUUAUUGUAUGAAAGUGAUGAAGCAUUCGUCGAAAGAAUCGAAGUUGAUGAAACUGGCAUAUCCGCCAUUUAUAUGUUUUGUUAUCCGUUAAUGGAGCAGUUAGUAGCUGUGGCAGGUUUUCUGCAACAGUGUUCACCUUUGCGUACUGUUCAACUUCUUUAUCAUACAGAACCAAUCACUAUGGAUUAUCAUCUUUCUACACUUGCUUUCAUUCACCCAUUUUUUGAAGGUGACCAGGUUAUGCCAUUAGCUUUUAUGAUCAGUUCAACUUCUUCACCAGAUUAUUGUGAUGAUCACGACGGAUUCUUGUCGACUCUUUAUGAAAGAUAUAAUGAUGUCCUUCAUGGUCGUUUUGUUAUCAUCACCAGUCAGGGUGUCUCAUUCACUGCAGAUGCUUUCCCGUUGGCUGAACAUAUCCGAUGUUGGGAUGAUUUCAAAAGGGUCAAAAUCAGCUAUAUUGAAACUCACUUUGGUGGUGCUUAUUUAAGCGAAUAUGCUAGUGAUAUGAAUAUUUUGAUGAGCUGUACUUUCGAAAAACUUUUUGAUGAAAUGUGGACAAAAAUAAGUGCUUGCAAGCGGUAUGUAGAACGACCAGAAUUAUAUAGUUAUUUUCAUAAUGUGUGGUCUGAUUUUAAGUUUACGGGUUCUAUAUGGCACUUGAAAAAACUUGGGAUUGCGGAUGCUGAUAAAGGUGUAGUUUGGCGUCCAUGCAAAGGUUUAAGCAAGCUUGUUUUACAACUUUGUGAGGCGAAUGCAUUUCUUGAUACCGUUAUUCUAUCACUUUUUUUGCUGUCGAAUGCAUUUCGAAGGUUAUUUAUUGCUGGUUUUCAUCAAUCAGGCGCUUGGCGAUUAAAGAAAUGUUACAGAGAACGUUUUCAACAAAGUCACUUAAAGUUACCGAAAUUACCAUAUGCACCAGCAAUAGAGAACAUCGUCUUAACUGCAUUUAACCUAUGUGCAAAUCGUCCUUUUAAACGGUCAACAUCGGAAACUGUAAACGAGUCUAGUUCAUAUGUGGAUAAUGAUUGUCAGAAUCAUAUUAAUUCUGGUGCUGGCCACAUUGAUUUACCUUCUACAAGAAGUUUGAAACUUUUAUGUAUAUUUAUUGAAAUCAUUACUGUAUUGUUAUUGAAGUUUCCUGUUGGAUUUCAGUGGGUUUUUUUCAGCAACUAUGUACGCCUAAUUAGUCCAAUGACUUUUGUAGUCAGAUUGAAAGAUGAUUCACCCUGUGUCGUAGAAGCUGUACACCGUGAUGAGACAGAUUGUUUACAGUGGUAUUGCAGCUGUGGAUUAAUGCACCGAUGUACACACAUCACUAAUGUCAUGUUCGUAUUUCAGUGCUUCACUAGCGACUUACAAAAUUUAUAUGAUAUCUCAUUUUGCUGA